AGCACACCAUCUGUCAUCACGUGAGCGGUCACAAUGGUCUCUGAUGGUCUUGUCGUCGGCGAGCAGCGUCGUCCAGCCCGCGAAAUCCUCUGAAGUCUCCCGAUUAGAGAGCCGUCCUGGUACUCGGCCGCACGUCAACGUCGACAACGAGGAGACAGAGGAGGAGGAUAUUCAGCAAUCUUCCGCUGGUAUAUUAGAGAUUUAGUCGUGAGACAUUGCUCAGGAUGACGGAGUAUUGGCUGAUAUCCGCGCCGGGCGACAAAACUUGUCAGCAAACGUGGGAGACUAUGAACAACUUGACAUCUAAGCAGCAUUCUCUGUCGGUGAACUACAAAUUUCACAUCCCGGAUCUGAAGGUUGGAACGCUGGACCAGCUGGUGGGUUUGUCGGACGACCUAGGCAAGCUUGAUGGAUACGUGGAGCAAGUGACGCGUAAAGUGGCAACAUAUCUGGGCGAGGUUCUGGAGGACCAAAGGGACAAGUUGCAUGAGAACCUAAUGGCCAACAAUAGUGAUCUGCCAUCAUAUAUAACUCGAUUCCAGUGGGACAUGGCUAAAUACCCUAUCAAACAAUCUCUGAGAAACAUUGCGGAUAUUAUCAGCAAACAAGUGGGACAGAUCGAUGCUGAUCUAAAAACUAAAUCGACAUUAUACAAUAAUUUGAAAGGCAGCUUACAAAACUUAGAAAAGAAACAGACGGGAAGUUUAUUAACACGAAAUUUAGCAGACUUAGUGAAAAAGGAACACUUUAUCCUGGACAGCGAAUAUUUAACUACUUUGCUUGUAAUUGUACCGAAAUCCAGCUUCCAGGAAUGGUAUGCUUGUUAUGAAAAAUUGACAGAUAUGAUAGUACCACGUAGUACACAGCUCAUUACUCAAGAUUCAGAAUAUGGAUUAUUUACGAUUACUUUGUUUAAGAAAGUAAUGGAUGAGUUUAAAUUGCAUGCUCGUGAAAAGAAGUUUAUUGUGCGAGAUUUUACAUAUAAUGAAGAAGAAUUAGCAGCAGGAAAAAAUGAAAUUACGAAGUUGGUAACUGACAAAAAGAAACAAUUCGGACCGCUUGUCCGUUGGUUAAAAGUGAAUUUCAGUGAAUGCUUUUGUGCUUGGAUUCAUGUUAAAGCUUUACGUGUAUUUGUUGAAUCUGUUCUUAGAUACGGCUUGCCUGUCAAUUUCCAAGCAAUAUUACUGCACCCGCAUAAGAAAUGCGCGAGGAGAUUACGCGACGCUCUAAAUCAGCUUUAUGCUCACCUAGAUUCAUCCGCUACCGGUUCAACAGCACAACAUAAUCAGGAUAACGUGGAUAUACCAGGACUAGGUUUUGGCCAAAGUGAUUAUUUCCCAUAUGUCUAUUACAAGAUCAAUGUGGAUAUGGUCGAUAAUAAGGUCUAAUCAUUAGAGUCUGCUUUUUUCCUUCCGAAUAUCACACUUCCUUUCAUAUGUCCGGAUGAUAAUUCUAUUACGUUAGAAACAAGUCUUUCACUUGUAUCAAUAUGUAAAAAAAACACUGCAUUUUCAGAAAACUUAUUUCAAUUUUUCCUUAGUUGUUAUGUUUAUAAUUAUGAAUCAUAAUUCACUAUAACUGGAAAAAGUUGUCUCACAUAGCUUUUCUGGAAAUCAUUUUUCUAAACUGAUAAAAUUGACAUGUACAAAUUGUAAUAUUACUCAGAACUGUGCAUAAUAGUUUGCAGCAUUCCCUUAAAGAUCGUCUGUAUUGAAAGUAAGAAGUAAGAAAACUUCUUUAUCUCUAACCUUUACCUUUUAUUUGUAAAAGCUAAAAUACAGGUAUAUUAAAAAAACAUUUAUUGUACCAGUCGAUCCACGCUCUGAUUCACCGAGAGUAAGCAUCAGCUGGAAUAGGAGUAAGAAAUGGAAGUGAUUCAUUUCCUUACUCCU